GUUCAAACCACACCAUCUUGCUCCAAUAUCCUAGUUCUGAUACCUACCUCCAUCACGCUUCGUGUAUCCUACGUCGUGCUUCCUGUCGUCUCACUUGAAAGAAAGAACUUCUGCCACAAUCUCCCACAGCAGCUAUGGCCCCUCACCAAGAUGCGCCCUCGCCGGCGGGCAGUUUCACAGCCGGCUUCAACAGAAUCCCCUUCAACCCUACCACUUCUUCAAAUCUACAAAUCGGGAGUCUGGCUGCGGCUGAAUCAAGUUCUCCUCUAAGUAGCUCCUACGACAUCGCAUCACCUAGCGCUGGCCUGCACGAGACCCGACCGCUUGUUCCUGGCGUCUACGUACCUACCAUGUGCUUCUUCGAGCCGGGUACGGAAAACGUGGACAUCGGCACUGUUGCUCGCCAUGCAGUACGACUUGCUCAAGCGGGUGUGACCGGCCUGGCCACCCAGGGUUCCAACGGAGAAGCAGUCCAUCUCUCACACGCCGAGCGCCAGCUCGUCACGGCAACAACGCGGCAGGCUCUCAACGACGCCGGGUUCUCUCACAUGCCCAUCAUCGUCGGCUGCGGAAGCCAGAGCACACGUGAGACGAUACAAUACUGCACCGAGGCAUGGGCUGCUGGUGGAGACUAUGCCUUGGUUCUCCCUCCGUCAUACUACGCUGGUCUCUUUGCUCCGUCAUCGGAAACCAUCUUCGAGUACUUUCAUGCGGUGGCUGAUGCGUCGCCGAUUCCUCUCAUCAUCUACAACUUUCCUGGCGCAGUGGGAGGCAUGGAUCUGUCCUCCGACGUCAUUGUGCAGUUGUCUCAACAUCCUAACAUCGUGGGUGUUAAGCUUACAUGCGGAAACACGGGAAAGUUGAACCGCGUUGCUGCCGCUACGAGAAAGCUAGCAAAGAACCCCGAAUCGAAGACUCCGGAGUUCCUCGUCUUGGCAGGUUCAGCCGACUUCUCUAUCCAGUCUUUGGUGGCUGGAGGUCAUGGCAUCCUGGCAGGCUUGGCCAAUAUCGCCCCCAAGGCUUGUAUCAGAACCAUUGAGCUCUUCCAAGAGGGGAGACACCAAGAAGCUCAGGAUAUGCAAGGGACCGUUUCACAAGGUGACUGGACAGCGAUCCAAGGGGGUGUUGUGGGUGUGAAGGCCGGCCUCCAAGCAUGGCUGGGCUAUGGUGGCGUGGCCCGGAGCCCAUUGCCGAAGCCCACGGCCGAGCAGAUGAAGAAGUGGAAAGAGGGAUUCCGUGAACUUGUCGUUCUUGAGAAGUCGCUGUGAGACCAGCUUUUCACCAUGGCGCCGGUUUUCCUUUUUCAACCCGAACAAAUACGAGUCACGAGCCUUUGCUUCGUUCUGAGUAGAGCAGGAUUUGGAUGAUAUUAUGGGCUUUUGGAGUUGCAUGAAGGACUUUCUUGGUGUGUGGAUUUGUAUUGUUUGAAAUGAUGAAGAGCCAAGACCUUUUCUGAAUCUCGUCAUUGGCGUUCCCCUAGGCAAGUCUGUCAAAGACAGAUCUGUCUCAUUUUCCUAUCUCGGUUGAGCGAAAAGCUGUUUUCUUGAAGGCAAAGUUUUGUUUUCUUAGGAUCUACAUUCUGCAAUGUCUGAUAC